AAAUACAUUUACUUAUAUCAAAUUUUGCUAUUGUAAAAGUGAGAGUAGUAAGUUUUAAAUGACUACUAAUACAAGUAAUUAGCCAUUAGUUAAACUGAUUCAUACAACCAGUCAGUCAAAUCAGUUCAUACAAACAACUAACGGAAUAACGCCUAAACUCUUGAUACCAAACAGAUCUUAACUAUUAUUAAAAAAUUACUCAAACAAAAUGGACCCCAAAUAUAUGUUGUAUAGUUAGCCUAUGAAUGAUAAACAUAUAUGAGAAGCAAGAAUACAAUAAACAAGGGCAGAAGAAAUAAUCUCGAAGCAUGAGCUAAUUGCAUACAAUUGCAAAGUCUCAAUUUACAUUACAAAACCAACUUUCAGUCUUCUUCCCAGUCCACCGCCUCAAUAUCUGUGUUCUAUUUCAACCUCACCCUUUUCCCUCUCUCUCUCUCUCUCCUAACUUUUCAACCUUCAUUUUCCAAGAAUAUAUAUUCAAACAAAUAAAUAUAUAAAACUAUUUAAUUUUAUAUUUUCAAACAAUUAAAAAUCACCUACAAAAGGGCUUAUAAAAAUUUGCUGUACUACUUUGAAAAAAAUUAAGAUUUUGGGAAGACAAACACUUUUACAUCAACCCAAGAAAAAAAAAAUGGAUUCUUCUGGCACACCAUCCCCAGAUCAUAGUUGGCUUGCAUUUUCUCUCUCCAACCAAUAUUAUCAUCCUCCUUCUACUUCAUCUCAUCACCCUCAAUCUCAACAACAACAACAUCAACAACAACACCAUCUUUCCCUUUUUCAACAACACCCUCAUCUUUUUAUUCCACCUCCUCAAUCUGUUGGUGAUGGUGCAAGUGGUGCUCGUACGAAUAAUAAUAACCACGAGUUAUCCUUCCUCGGCGUGGGUGGCGGGUUGUUGCAAGUGGAGUUGUUUCCGACUGCGGAAGCGGUGACAGUUGCUAGUAACGGUGGCGGUGGCGGAGGCGGUUACGAGCCGAAAGAUAACUUGUUUGAUGGUUCUGAAUAUCAACAACAACAGCAACAAGUGCAAGAAGUUGAUCAUAGCCUAGUUAAUAAUAAUAAUAAUAAUAUUAACAAUAAACAAGUUGCUGUAGUUGCUGCUGCUGCACCUCCUACAAGUUCAAGUAAUAGGAAAACUGUUGAAGGGUUUGGCCAAAGAACUUCCAUUUACCGUGGUGUAACUCGGCAUAGGUGGACAGGGAGAUAUGAAGCUCAUUUGUGGGAUAAUAGCUGCAGAAGAGAAGGCCAAAGCAGGAAAGGCCGUCAAGUGUACUUAGGUGGAUAUGAUAAAGAAGAGAAAGCUGCAAGAGCAUAUGAUUUAGCUGCCCUUAAAUAUUGGGGUCCAACUACAACCACAAAUUUUCCAAUAUCGGACUAUGAGAAAGAGCUGGAUCAAAUGAAGGAUAUGAGCAGGCAGGAAUUUGUGGCUUCACUGAGAAGGAAAAGUAGUGGAUUUUCAAGAGGAGCAUCAAUGUACAGAGGAGUCACAAGGCAUCAUCAGCAUGGAAGAUGGCAAGCAAGGAUCGGAAGGGUAGCCGGAAACAAGGACUUGUACCUUGGAACCUUCAGUACUCAAGAAGAGGCUGCUGAAGCCUAUGACAUAGCAGCCAUAAAAUUCCGGGGCCUAAAUGCGGUGACAAAUUUCGACAUAAGCCGUUACGACGUGAAGAGCAUAAUUUCGAGCAACCUUCCUGUGGGCGGUUUGUCGAAUAAAUCAAAAUCGUUACCUGAUCACGAAGAAAUCAAAACCCUCAAAGCCAUCAAGCCAGAGUUGCCACUUAUACCGGCCCUCCCUCAUCACCAAUCGUCAACCACCUACAACCACAACUUUAUAGGGAUGCCCUUAAAGCUGGACUCAUCGUCGCAAAAUUACAACAAUUGGCCCGCCCUCGGGCAAGUAGAGAACAAUGAGGCUGCAUUAGGGUAUACAAACUAUGGGUAUGUUCAGCAACAACCCAAUGGCAACGACAGUGUUAGCCCCGCGACUAAUGGGUAUGACGGGUACGAAGGUUUAAGUAAUAGCAACAAUGACAACAAUAAUGGUCAUAUUAGCAAUAAUAAUAAUAAUAGUUGGAACAUUGUUGCACCAAAUAUGCAUACAAUGCAAAACCCCAAACAAAAUGUAUCAGUGAUGCAGACACCAAUUUUUGGCAUAGAAUGAAUGAUUUAGGAGAGAGAAUAAGAAAAGAUGUUAUGUGAGGGAAUCAGUGCAAAAAAAUGCAGGUGAAUUUGGAUUAAAUUAUGGGUUUGAAAGUUUGAAUAUGAAUAUUUUGGUAAGACUGACAAAAUUGCUUUUGACAGGAAGCUGACAUUUUAGUGUUUUUUGUCUGUUAUUUUACAAUAGGACAUAAACAUUUUCACUACUUUAGUGUUUUAUCGUCUUUCUCCUGUGCUUGUUCGUGGAUUUUCAUUCUAGGAGAUUGUUGUUUUAUAUAAAUAUAUAUG